AGAAUGGUAUAGAUCUGUUUGAUCAAAAUUUAUGUCAUCCAAGAUGGCAGAGAGAUUACUUUAUGAAUUCAAAAAUUUACAUGAUGACUGAUAAAAAUAAUAUACUUACUAAUAAUAUUAAUCAAAAUGAUAUCGAUGGCACUAGAAUUAAUCAUACUAUCAAUGAAAAAAAAAUUCUAUCAUCUGAUGAAAAAUUCAGAAAAGUAAAGGAUAUAAUGCAAAAUAUAUCAUCAUUAUCAUCUCAGAUGAAUCAAAAUGCAUUUAACAAAAUAUAUACAUACUUAAAAUAUGUUUAUAAAGAUCUAUGUCAGCCUACUCUAAAAUUAUUGAACAAUUUGAACAUGCUAUCAAUAUAUUUAAUCCAACAUCAGGAUUUAAAUUUAAUGACAUGGAUGUUGAACAAAAAUCAGAAAAUCCACUGAAACAAGUUAGUGAAGUAGAAAUCAAUUUCAACAAUAUUAAAAAUAUUGAAAUGCCAGAAAAAAUGAGUCCUGGAUAUUUGAAAAGACGCAAAGAUGCUAAAAAUAUGAGAAAAGUGAAAGUGAUGAAAGAAAAACAAAUAAAUAACAUCAAUAUAAUGGACAAAGAAAAUAAUCACAACUUUAAGCAUUUGAUAGAUAUGAAAGAUACUAGUUUUCCCUCAUCAAUAAAAAUUUUCACAAAUAGUAAACCCUUACAAACUCUUUCUGAAAACACAAAUUCUACCAGUUUACAUUCAUCAAUGCAAACAUUUAUAGGAUGUGCUAAUGCUAAAAAGCACACUGCUGGCUCAUCAGAUAAAAAUAUAGUUAUCCAUUCUUGUGAUUAUGAUAGACAAAAAGAUUCUUUUAGGCCUCUAUUAAAUACAAAUCAAUUACAAAAAAAGAUAUUAUCAAAGGAUACUUCUGCGAAAACGAACAAUGUACUCCACAGUUCCUUACUACCACAUGGAACUAGUAUUAGGCCAUUAAAUCCUUUUAGGAUUUUACCAAAUAAUAUGCCCAAACUGACAUUACCAUUAAAUAACACCACAAAUGUCCCCAACUUCAAAUUUUUCUUUUGUGAAAGUUGGGAAUAUAUCUACAAGCUCAAAUCAAAUUAGAACGCUAUCAUUUUUUAAAUAAAAUAUUUAAUAUUAAUUUUUAUA